UGUAAAAAUACUUAAUUACAAGUACAAAUCUUGUUUUUAAAAUUAUGUUAAAGAACAGAAGUAUUACCAGCUAAACUUACUUAAAGUACGAAAGUAAAAGUAUGACUUUUUACUUGCAAUUAAUUAUUUUUACAAUGUGGUAUUGAUACUUUUACUUAAGUAAAGGAUUCUUCCAUCGCUGCAGGUCAUUGAAUUUGACGGGUCGCCAAAUACUUUGUAACACCGGUGUAGCUAAGGUUCGAGUAACUUUGUCCCAGGCUACUACAAGGGAUCAUCGUCAAACUUGCAGACGCCAGAAGAGGAAGCGUUGUACGCGGCCAUUCCCUUACUGCGCCACUUUAAGUGAAAUGGGACGCCUUGAAACCUCCAUGUUUGUAUCUUGAAAUUGCGAGCGGAGUUGAGCACCAUAUUGAAUCAAAGUUGCCAACUCCUUGACAAAUGUUUUAUAACUUUCCAGACGUCAAACUUUAGCGCGUAUCCGAGCUGGACGACACCACCCGUGCGCGUAAUGCGCGCGCUGUAGGCAACUUGUUGCGUCUCAGCUUUUUUGUUUUUCCCUGCAUGUUACGUUGGUUUUAAUGCAGCAGCACCGAGUCGGAGAACAAUCUCUAACUUUAAAGUGUGAGGUCAGCACUCUGGACCAGACCUGGAUGUGAUGGACAAUCCGUCCUCAAUAAUCACCCAAGUCAGUCGGGAUGAAGAGGGGAAUAAAGCCGCAGGGGAGAGGGGUUCUUCGCCCUCUCUGUCCUCCAAGAAGCCCAGGAGCGGAGGUCUCUUCUCCAGCCUUUUCUGCUGCCUGUGUAGGGACCAGCCUGAGCCACCACCGGUCAACAACAACGCCCCACUGCUGGUCGAAGAGAACGGAACAGUCUCCAAGAUCCAGGUGAAACCACUGCUGCCUCCAGUGAAGUCAAAAGACUCUGGAAAGAUCUGUGUGGUUAUAGAUCUGGAUGAGACGUUAGUUCACAGCUCUUUUAAGCCUGUGAACAAUGCAGAUUUCAUCAUUCCUGUGGAAAUAGAUGGAACAGUACACCAGGUGUAUGUCCUGAAGCGGCCUCACGUCGACGAGUUCCUGAAGAGGAUGGGAGAACUGUUUGAGUGUGUUCUGUUCACUGCCAGUUUAGCCAAGUACGCAGACCCCGUCUCUGAUCUCCUUGACAAGUGGGGUGCUUUCCGCUGUCGCCUGUUCCGGGAGUCCUGCGUCUUCCACCGAGGAAAUUACGUCAAGGACCUGAGCCGCCUGGGUCGCGACCUAAACAAGGUCAUCAUCGUGGACAACUCCCCUGCCUCCUACAUUUUCCAUCCUGACAACGCGGUGCCUGUAGCCUCGUGGUUCGACGACAUGUCCGACACCGAGCUGCUGGACCUCAUCCCGUUCUUCGAGAGGCUGAGCAAAGUGGAUAACGUCUACACAGUCCUCAAGCACCAAGGGACCGCAAGCUAACAGUGUUCGAUUCAUCAUCUCACUUCUGAACAAAACGGCGUACAAAACAGAAACACACACACACACACAGACACACACACACACCAGCGAGGCUCCAGCACCAGCUCCAGCUAUCACUGCCCACCAGAACACAGACUGCUUCACAGCUGACAGAGCCGUCAGCUCCCCAGUAUCAAACUAAGAUCACAUUUGGGAGUAUUUUACGGUGUCAUCACUGCCACCUCCUGGUCAACCAGAAAACUGCCUGAAAAUUGUAACUUUCCCCCCCUAUCAGCCUACCGUGAACCAGCUGAUGUGAGUGAACGGGUGAAAGAAUGGAUGUUUCCGCAGUGUCACUGAACUUGCAGCAGAGGUCUGUAGCCAUGAAUCCUCUGGACACAAACUGGGUACUGGACAUAGACUUCUCUCAUGGAUUGGACAGUCUGAUCCUGUAAAACCAAUGCAGGAUUUGCUAAGCGGGAUUCAAGUGGAAAGGAAAUUUUGGGAAAGGUUUACGUGCAUAUAAACUUCAGUCCUGUCAUGGAAGAGCAGAUGGUCUGUACGUACUGUAGAUGCCUUUUUUAGACAUUUUUUGGAAUAGCAUUAUUUUUGUCACACACCCUUAUUUUGCCAAUUAUCACACUAUUUGUCUGCAGUCAAGAGCAUAUGAUCCUUUGGAGUCAUUUUAGAGUUUUUAGAGCGACGUGAUCACCUUCUGGAUAAUUAUGACAGUGUUAUGGAUAAGUCUGACAGUUUCCCGUUCAAACCCUGAGUUGUUCAAUUGAUUAAUAACAGAACAGUAUGAUUGGACCACACUUAACAAGUAAUCUAUUGUACAGUUCUCCCCUUCACUGCAGCUUAGAGAUUGAUUUCAGCACAAUUUGUGUACUAAACCCAGUUUGAAAAAGAAAUUACAUUGCAUAAUAAAUAGAACUCAAUAUUACUGGGUUUUAAAAUCCACACAUUUGUUGGUGUUUAGGGAAAAAAAUCAAUUAAGUUCUCUUUCAGCAGGAAACGUUUCGAUCCGUGGGAACAUAAAAUCAAUGUGAAAGUCAGUGUUAGUCAGUCUAAUCCUUUAAAAGAACAUUGGAUUUCUUUUGGUAAAAAAAAUACCAAAAAUGAUGAGCCCUCAGCAAAGUGUCAGCACUAUGAAACGAGUGACUGCAGUAUUUCCACAAAAACCUGACACUACGAGUAUCAAAUCAUCUGCAUGUGACCGUGAAAGAGCAGCUGCUACGUUUAGUGGAGGUGGAUUUCCAAAGGUUGUGUAAAUACUGAUGGACAGCCAGAAUGCAGUAUAUCUGUGUGUCAGCAGAUGUCGUGAACAGUUGACGCCAAUGACGAGAGGACCAGAAUCGACUGGGAAUUGGUCAGUGUUGUGUUAGUGUUACAUUAAAACUUCUGUUCCUCAUUUUAAAAGCCACAAGCAAGCAAAACUUGAAUUUUUCACAGCAUUUACAGACUGCACAUGAAUGGCCAAUGAAAGUUGUAUGGUGCAAAAAAAAAAAAAAAAAGUGACCGUUCGGCUCUCAUAAGCUUCAAAGUACACUCUUUCUUUUUGCUCUGAAGCGGUACACAUAGGCUGGAAACAAUUUCAGGAUUUUGUAAUAAAAGUGGGACUCAAGGACUCAAAGAUAUGUGAGGUGUGGUGCCUGGUGAGCAGACACACCUUUUUUAAGACACACAGAGUUAAUUCAGUCCAGAUUUAAAGGAGAAAUCCACCCUGAAACCCUUUCUCACUGUUAAUAAACAGCUAUCGGUGAUCUUUCUUACAUUUUUGGGUCAUUUUUUUUGUUAUUUGGUUGAUGGUCUUUUGGCAAGACAUGACGUUAUGUUAAGAUAAUGCCAGUGCAGCUACAAUGGAGUUAAUAGAUCUAAAACAUUAACAGUGAAUGUCAGGUUCUCUGUAGCAGGAAAUAGGCCAGAAUGCAAUGCAGCGACAAGACUUUCUAUGUAGUUUGAGUGCUAUUGCCAUUCAUACUUCAUAUUUGUUCAGCCAAAGCUGCCAAAAGGCAUUCUGGGGAAUGUAGGAAACCACUAACAGAUGUAGAAGUUUAUCAGAAAAUGAUGAACAACUGUCCAACAAACAAGGUGAUUUCAGGGUGGAAUUUUCCUUUGAUUAAAACAAGAGACCAGAUGGGUGUUGCACAUGGAGUCUGUACUUUUUGUCGCUACACGUGGUGAUGUUAGUUGCUUAGUUUCUAGGGCAACUCGAAACCUCUUUUGUCCGAUCAGUUUUAAGGAGCAGUGGGGCCUCUAGCGGGUCUUUCAGGCUCUUAUUAUCUCCUUCAUAUGCGUUGACAAUACCAUGUGUUGACACAGAUGAAUGAAACGGUGGAUUUGACUAAGAGCCUUGAUAGCAGGCUUGUGAAAUGACUUCACCAAGAUGGAACAGGGAUGACAAUGAAGUCCACCAUAUUAAGAGCUAUUACGUUAUUUGUUUAUGUUUAACAAAUUCUUGUCAAUCAAAUUAGCCUGUUCCUUUUCUAAAUAAUUACUGAUUUUAUUUCUUUUUUUGCCCAGGAGUGGUCCUCUGAUACAAUAUUUAUUGCAGUUUGUUUUCCACACGGGGAAACAUUGUCCUUGCUGUUUUCUUGCAAGACCUGGUUGGUUACCUCAUAUAUUAAUAGGUAAUAUAUGGAUCAAAAACACCAGCAAAUGACUAAAAGGAUAGUAUCUUACUGUUGUAGGCACAUAACAGGGUAAAUGUUUUCAAAUGUGUGUUUCAUGUAAGCCAUUUUCACGUGACGUCUCCAUUAGAUUCAAUGCUGAUACCUGGAAUUCAUUGGCAAAGAGGAGUAUUUAUAGGAAUGUUCAGUCAUUUGCUUACAUAUAAAAUAAGUGUUGUGUCACUACGGGGCCCAUUCGCUGAUACUGUACUUCUUACACAUUCAGUAGAUUUGUAUAUUUUGUUUUGCACAGUAAUAAAGCAAACAAAUUUCAUUAAUAUAUGGAAUAUUCAUGUUACUGUACUCAUGAUUGAAUAGAUGUAACCUAAUUUUUUUGACCUGUUGUUUUAUCAUACCAAAUUAUAUAUGGACUGUAUGUAAUAAUGCCAUUUUCCCCCAUAAAUGCUAAAUGAAAGAUGG